CUUCCUCCAGGAGCGGCGCACCACGACGACCUGAUCUACCUAUUCGGGGUGACCGCGUCGUUCUCUCUCAUCGCGCCCUCCGACAGCGAAGACUCCAAGCUGGUUGACAAGAUGACCGCCAUUUGGUACAAUUUCGCACGCUACGGAGACCCGAACCCCAAGGGCGACACUCCAGAGAUCUCAGCCCUCUUGUGGCCAGUUAUAAAGCCUGACUCCAGGAAAUAUCUUCGUAUUGAAAAAGACUUUUCGGUACACGAAAAUCUGUUCGAAGAUCGGUUCAAAGUUUGGGAAGAACUUUACCCGCUACCGAAUUAAUAUGAUUUGAAAUUAAGAAAGAAUAAUUGAUAUGAAAUUGAAUUACCUAUUUGUAAUCAAAAAACAUAUUUGUCUUUGCCAAAAUUGAUAUGAUUAUUUACAUUACGCAUAUACAGGCUGUUGGAAUUAUUGUGAAUUUGUUUCGCCUAAUUUCUGAUAGGACUGUACCAUUAUAAUUCUCUUUGGGCUUCUUGUUGACACUUAUACUGACAGGUAGCUGACAAUAUAAGGAGUAUCUUAAGCUCAGAACAAUGACAAGCAAUCUUAAGCUAUUUUUAAGUAUGAUUUUUUUUAAUAUUCAGCCUCAUAGAGUCUGUAAUCAAACUGAACAAAUAAAUUCAAAUAAAAUUAAGAAAUCGUAUAGGUAAGUAAUUAUUAUAAAAAAACUUUUUGUAUUGAAUAAAAUAAUAAAGUAAAAUGGUUUUUCUUUACCUUCGCAAUAUGUCAUCACAAACCCAUGAAUUAUGUAAUUAUUAUAAAAAAAACGUUUUAUAUCAAAUAAAA